AGAGUGCGGGAGAAGGUGUUCCCCUGCCGGCGUCCGGGUGUCGGGUCGUCUCCGGGAGGACUCGGUCCAGGUGGAGACCACAAGAGAGAUGCCAGAGUUUUCCAUGUAGAUCCUGAACUUCAAAUUCUUACCAUGGAAAGUUCAGAGAAGACAGAAGUAGUUCUCCUUGCUUGUGGUUCCUUUAAUCCCAUCACCAACAUGCACCUCAGGUUGUUUGAGCUGGCCAAGGACUACAUGAAUGGAACAGGAAAGUACAGAGUCAUCAAAGGCAUUAUUUCUCCGGUCGGUGAUGCGUAUAAGAAGAAAGGACUCCUCCCUGCCCAUCACCGGAUUAUCAUGGCAGAGCUGGCCACCAAGAAUUCUAAAUGGGUGGAGGUUGAUACGUGGGAAAGUCUCCAGAAUGAGUGGAUAGAGACUGCGAAAGUGCUGAGACAUCAUCAAGAGAAACUGGAGGCGAGGAACUGGGAUAACCAACAGGACUCGCCUAUUCUGGAAAGGCCUGGACAAAAGAGGAAGUGGACUGAGCAAAGGCAAGAUUUUAGUCAAAAGAGAUCCCUAGAGCCGAAAACGAAAGGGAUGCCUGCGGUGAAGUUGCUGUGUGGAGCAGACUUGCUGGAGUCCUUCGGUGUCCCCAAUCUGUGGAAGAGUGAGGACGUCGCCCAGAUCGUGGGAGGCUAUGGGCUUGUCUGUAUUACUCGGGCUGGAAACGAUGCUCAGAAAUUCAUCUACGAGUCAGAUGUGCUGUGGCAACACCGGGCCAACAUCCACCUGGUGAACGAGUGGGUCACUAAUGACAUCUCGUCCACCAAGAUCCGACGCGCCCUGCGCAGGGGCCAGAGCAUUCGCUACCUGGUGCCAGAUCUUGUCCAAGAAUACAUCGAACAGCAUAGUCUCUACAGCGCCGAGAGUGAAGACAGGAAUGCUGGGGUCAUCCUGGCCCCACUGCAGAGAAACACUGCUGAAGCCACGUCAUGAGACCCCUAGCGAGCGACAUGUUGCACUUCUCUUUGCGGCUUUGAGAGACCGGAUCCUGUCACUUGGGAAAGGAAUCAUGACCCUGCUUUCAUAAGCUAAAGCUUAAAGGUGGAAUAAACAUCAGUAAAGAAUUAAAA